AUGCGUACAUCGCUAUCGACAUGGCUAGCAUUCUCAGCAGCAGCAGCACUACUACCCACAGCCACGGCAUUCUACCCAUACCAAUACGGCGACGAUAGCAAAUCCUCUUCUUCCAGCUCCAAUUCCAAUUCCCGCCUGCGACGAAUACCUCUCCCGCCCUCUACCUCCAACGCCAACUCCAACAACAAUGUACAACCAAUUACACUACCUCUCCGCCGCGUACCCUCCCCUCUCCGAGCUCGACAGAACACUUACAACAUUGUCAAUUCCAACGACCCCAAGCAGGAGAAGAGCGUGGCGAUUGACCAGGAUGGCAGGGAUAUAAGCUACAUGGUCGCCGUGACAUUUGGCGACAGCAAGGAAGAGUAUCAUUUGCUGCUUGAUACCGCGGCGAGCAAUACAUGGGUCAUGAGCCAAGAGUGCAGUAGCUCAGCAUGCAAAACGCACAAUACGUUUGGAGCGGGGGACUCGAGCACAGUAAAGCCAGACUCCUCCAAGUCCUUCAGCGUAACCUACGGCACCGGCUCAGUGAGUGGCACCCUCGCCACAGACAUGCUGCACAUCGGCGCCCUCUCCCCCACCCUCACAUUUGGCCUCGCCACGACUGUAUCCCAGGAAUUCCGCUCCUACCCCAUGGACGGCAUCCUAGGCAUCGGCCGCGGCACACCCCCCACCACCUCGGGCUCCAUCGCCGCGCCGCAAGUCAUGGACGUACUAUCCACCAGUAACCUCAUCGGCGCGAAACUCUACGGCAUACACCUCAGCCGCGCCAAAGACGGCAAACUAGACGGCGAACUGGAUCUCGGCGCCGUGAACAAAGACCGGUUUAGCGGCGAGCUAAACUGGCUGUCGGCCGUGGACAACGACCGCGGGUUCUGGGAAGUGCAGCUGGAGGACGCGGGCGUGGAUGGGAAAACGCUCGGUCUGAGCGGGCGGACUGCAAUCAUGGAUACAGGCACGUCGUACAUCCUGGUGCCCAGGGACGACGCGCUGGCCAUGCACUCGCAGAUCAGCGGGUUCAAACAAGACGGCGAGACGUUCGGUGUACCCUGCGAAGCCACUGCGGUCAUUCAGUUCUCGUUCAACAAGCAGGGGUAUAACAUCUCGACUGCGGACUGGGUUGGUGCGAAGAUAGAGCGUGGGGCCAUGAGCGGGUUGUGCAUGAGCAAUAUCAUCGGGCGCCAGACGUUCAGUGAUAAGCAGUGGUUGGUCGGCGAUGUGUUUCUCAAGAACGUGUAUUCGGUGUUUGACGCGGAUGAGAAGAGGGUUGGGUUGGGGGUCAAGGGGAGUGAGGAUGUGGACAAGACUGGGGAGGCUUCUUCGACGACGAUGUCUAGUGCGGCUAGUGGUGAGUCUACUUCUACUUCGACGACGAUGCAGACGUGGUCUAAUGCCCUAUCAGCAACGGGAGCGUCGAAGACUGCAAACUCGUCUUCUGGCGGAGCGAGUCCUACCGCCCCUGCCGAGGGUCAACCUCAGGGCCAGAAUGGUCAGAGUGGAGCUGUUGGACGGGCUUCAGCUCCUUUACUCGGUCUCACAGUGGCGGGAGUAACGUUACUUUCACUGUUCAUAUAG